AUGAACACCCAUAGUAAUGACCUAACAACGGACAAUUAUUCCCUCCCAACUGAACAAAACUUUACACAACAGGAGCCCCCUGAGAAAAAAAGGAAACGAAAUAAACAAAUUAAAUCCUGUUUGGAAUGUAGGAAAAGGAAAUUGAGAUGUGAUAGAAAAAUCCCAAAAUGCAGUUCUUGCAUCUCAAGGAAUUUGACAGAAUGUUUAUAUGUAAAUCAUGAAAAUCAUAUAGUGAACUAUGUUACAGGCGAGUCCUUGGGAAAGUUGCAAAAUAAUGGUAUUGUUACCAUCAAUAGUAGUCCUGAGGGAACAAGCAACACCGCUGUAGCUAAUAAUGACGAAAUUGAUGACAAAUCAAAAAAUCAAGAUCACAAUUGUAAUAAAAAACAUGAAAAUAAUAACACGCUGUUAAAACCCGAAUAUAACAAAAAUGAUACUAGUGCUGAGGAGGAAAAUCCUAUAUUAAAGUUAGAGACUGCGGUUUUUAAAAAUAACAGAAUAAUUUAUUUUGGGGCGACUUCAAUUAGAUGUUUUUCAUCGCUAUCUUCGGAAAAUAAUUUCCCCUUUUUGGUAAAAAUCUUGAAAGAGUUGAAAAAGAUUAGAAAAUAUGAAAAAGUAGGAUCCAAUUAUUCAACUUUGAAAGAGUUGGUUAUUCUGGAUAACAAUCAAGAAGGGACCGUAUUUGAGGAAAUAAUUGAACUUUUGCCAGAUUAUAAUACUUUUAAAACAUGCGUCGAAUUUUUUUUCAGAACAGUUUACCACGAAUAUUUCCCUGUUACCAACGAAAAUGUGAUUAAAAAACAGUUGAGCACAUUGAUAAAAUAUGAUCCCCGCACAAACAAAAUUACUGGCUUUAUACAUCCGGGGAAAAGGAACUAUUAUGCUGUUGCGAUUUUGAUCAUUUUAUUUUCUCUUGUUUAUUAUACAAGUGGUGCACCGGAUGCAAUUUUAAAGUUAUUUGUUCUAUUGGACGGCUGUUCCACAAGUAAGUCCUUGACAUUAGAAAAGGCUCAGUUAUUAGUAUUUAGAACUAUUUUCAGAGUGUAUCAUGGUUUUACGGGAGGUGAUUUUUCCCAUUUACUAAAUUUAGUGGGUAAUUUGUGUAGCACUUGCAUUUCCUUGGGGCUACAUCGAAAUUAUCGUAAGAUAUACCAUCAGUCUGAAAUUGAUAGAAUUGGUGGGAUCGAAGUGUUGGAUCAGAUUUGGUAUUGGGCUUUGUAUUUUGAUGUUAUGGUUAGUUUCCAAGUGGGUAAAGCGUUGUUUAUUUCUAGAGAUCUUUAUGAUCAUAAUGUCUUAUUGAAAAGCAUCAAUAUUCAUGACAAUGAGAUGAACAGAAAAGAACUAAUAAUGAAAAAAUUUAUUAUAAUUAGCAGAGAAAUAAUAAUCGAUCUUUUCAAGCCAACUGGCAAACCAUCUUUGGCAUUGCAUAAAUUGAGAAUAUGUGAAUUUUUAGACACGUAUUUUCAACCGUUGAACUAUUAUUCGAAUCCGGAACUAUCUUUGAAACAUGUUGCUAAAAUUAACAAUAAUUAUGAUAUUUUUGAUUAUUUGUUUGUUGGGAAUUUGGUCGCAAAAUAUGCUGGACUUUCUUGUUUAGAAAAACUUGUUUACAAUAACACUGGAAAUGAGGUCGAAAACGAUAUUAUAAGGUCUUCUUUAAUUUUAUAUGAACUUGGGCCUUGCUUAGUCUCGAUAUGUUUAAAACGAGAAAAACAGCUUGAUUAUAUAAGGCCGUCCUUUUGUUCAUCCAAAUCAUAUAUAAUUCUAUCUUUUGGCAUAUCGAAGCUAUGUUCGAUUGGGAUAACAUAUCUUUACUUUUUCUUCAAUGAAAAAUGUGAAUAUAAUAAGCAAAACGGUGCAAAUAUUCCCACAGAUGAGGAAGUUAGAGAAGAAAUAAAAAAUUUUAAGGUAGAUUUAUUAGGAAGUACUGAUAAAAAUAGGAAUUUCAAAACCUUAUCACCAAGGGCUAUUUUCAAUAUUAUUUGUGAAUAUUUUGAAAAAUGGUGGCCGUAUGAAACAGAAGCUUUACAGCAAUUGACUAGGUUUUACUUGCAAUUUAUAUAUAAGAAGAUUUUUGAAAAAGUUACAAUGUCAUACCUAGCCAAUAGUUAUAAAGAAUUGACCGUAAUUGGAAACAAGCCCACUCUUUUAACUGGAUAUGCAAUUGACAUACCAAAUAACAUAAGGAGAAUUAAAAUUUUGACGAGAAAAGACGCGGGGGAAGUAAAUGACGAACAAAAAACUAAUGAUAAAGAUAAAACUACUGUGGUGGGCAAUAUUGAUACUAACAGUAGCGCCGACAGUGACACACCAAAUACAGGCAGCGCCGUAACAUCCUUAUUAGAUGGACAAGAUCUAAGUUUCGAUUACACAUCAUCAAAGGCGGCCUCUUUGGACACUGGUUUGGAUCAUGAAAUUUAUAGAUAUUUCAAUUGCUCUGAAAAUGAGUUCUUUGACUUACUAAACCAAGACCUAGAAAAUUUUAAGCCUUCUACAUAG